AUGGAUGCCGACGCCGUCCAGGACUCCAAGCCGCGAGAUGUGACUGAAGUGCCGGACGUGGAGAUUGCAGAUGAGAUAAGACAUGUAAAGCUGCCGGUCGGCUGGGAAGGCCUUUCUCUGAAGCUACAUGCCGGCAAGCUUCUCGUCUCUGAGGUCCCGAAGGCCUGUUUCUCGUCUAAGUCCUUCGAGAGCGGGGCAAAACCCCAGGCGACAGGCGCUGUGCCCGUGCCACGAAGGCGGGCAUUGAGACCAUCAGACGGGAUGGGACAGGCACUUUCAUCGAACGCUUCGGCGGGCACAUCUUGCGCGUGUCGGGCACUCAAGUGGGACUUGGGACUCGGACUUGGUACGAUUACAUGA